AUGCUCUCACACAAGUGCUGUUUAAUCUGGUGUCUCAUCUGUGUUAAAGGUGUGUUUGGUGUUGAUACAGAUGGAUUGAAGUCAGUGUCGGUGAUGGAGGGAGAUUCUGUCACUCUACACACUGAUGUUACUGAAAUACAGAGAGAGGAUCAGAUACUGUGGAUGUUUGGACCUCAAGAGACUCGAAUAGCUGAAAUUAUUAAACGGGCCAACUUGAGCUUUAUAGAUGAUGGUGAUGAUGGAAGAUUCAGAGACAAACUGCAGUUGGAUGAUCAGACUGGAUCUCUCACCAUCAGAAACAUCAGAAUCAAACACUCUGGACUUUAUAAACUACAGAUCAUCAGUAACAGAGGAAACUCAUACAAGAGAUUCAAUGUUACUCUCGCUCUUCCCGUUCCCAUCAUCAUCAGAGACUCUUCUCAAUGUUCUUCAUCAUCUGAAAGUUCAUCUAAAUGUGUGUUGGUGUGUUCAGUGGUGAAUGUGACACAUGUGACUCUCUCCUGGUACAAAGGAAACAGUUUAUUGUCCUCCAUCAGUGUGUCUGAUCUCAACAGCAGUCUCUCUCUGGAGGUGGAAUAUCAGGAGAACAACAUCUACAGCUGUGUGAUCAACAAUCCCAUCAGAAACCAGACUAAACAUCUCGACAUUACUGAAGUCUGUCAGAUGUGCUCUUCAGGUAUGUGA